GAGGCCACGCUCAAAUAAAGGUGUGUUUUCCUCUUCGACCUUCCCAGUUUCGGAGCCUCUUCACUUUUCUCUAUUACAGUUGCAGUGUCAAAUAUCCACGUGCCAAACAAUCACGAUGGCAAAUGAAGCCAGGCCAUGCCCGUGUGACAUUGGGGACAGGAUGGAAUAUGGCAGCCUUGGCGAGGAGGUUCAGAUUGAGCAUGUUAAAGCUUACGUGGUGAAACCUAAAGCACCAACAGACAAAGCAGUCAUUGUAAUUCAGGACAUUUUUGGAUGGCAACUACCCAAUACAAGAUACAUGGCUGACAUGCUCGCUUCAAAUGGAUAUGUUGCUGUUUGCCCAGACUUCUUUCUUGGAAAGGAGCCAUGGAGUCCUUCAAGUGAUUGGUCAACAUUUCAGGAGUGGCUUGAAGACAAAAAACCUACCAACAUCAACAAGGAGGUGGAUGUGGUUUUGAAAUAUCUCAAGGAACAACGUGGAGCUAAAAGGAUUGGAGUGGUAGGGUUCUGUUGGGGCGGAGUGGCCACACACUACAUAGCCCUCCAAUAUCCUGAAGUCAAGGCUGGGGUUUCAGUUUAUGGGAUCAUUAAAGAGAGAGAGGAUAGUUAUGAACUCAAAUGUCCGACUCUGUUCAUCUUUGGUGAAAACGACACAGUGAUACCACUUGACCAGGUGACAACACUUGAGGCAAAACUGAAGGACAAGUGCACUGUUGACUUCGAAGUGAAGGUUUUCCCCAACCAAACUCACGGAUUUGUGCAUCGUAAACGGGAAGACGUCAAUCCGACAGACAGACCUUUCAUUCAGGAGGCUCGGGAGGACAUGAUUAACUGGUUAAAUAAGUACAUGUAAAAUUAGAGCAAAUUAUCUGGUUUAAAGUAAAAGUUUCCUUACCCACUCUUACCCACUCUGACACUCUUGUUGAUGACCCAGGACGUGUUUGUGUCCAAAGUGCACACUGCAUUCGUGAAGCUACUAUAGUAUAAUACAUGACUAAAUCAUCACACACUCUCCUUAAAAGACAUUUGGUUCAGUAACAACAGUUGCACAUAAAGGUUUCAUAAAAUACCCUAGCAAGUUUAUUGCCCUUAGAAGUAAGCAGAUAAAAGAUCAAGAGUUGACUUAAAUUGUGGCAUUUGCUUUUGGAAUCUGUUGCUGUUAACUUUCAAUAUGAAGUCCAAAGAGCUGUCGCUGCCAGUGAAGCAAUCCAUAAUUAAAUUGAAAAAUGAAAACAAAUCAGUCAGAGAGAUAGCAAGAAUAUUAGGUGUGGCCAAAUCAACUAUUUGGUCCAUUCUUAAAAAGGCAGAACACACUGGUGACCUCAUGAACAACCACAGGUCCGGAAGACCACGGAAAACAACUGAGGGGGAAGACAGACGAAUUCUUUCCCUGGUGAAGAAAAACCCCUUUACAACAGUUGGCCAGAUCAAGAACACCCUCCAGGAGGUAGGCGUAUCUGUGUCAGAGUCAACAAUUAAGAGAAGACUUCACCAGAGUAAAUACAGUUGGUCUGCCGUAAGCCUCAGAGAGAGGAAGACUAAAGGUAGACAUAAAAAUGCCAAAAAACAAAUGAAAAAACGUGCAAGUUCUGAAACAACAUCAGAUGGACAGAUGGAACAAGAAUCUGUUUUACCAGAAUCAGGGGAAGAGACAAGUAAAGAGAAGGGAAAGAAGUGCUCAUGAUCUGAAUGAUAGUACGUCAUCUUGUGAAGCCUGGUGGAGGUAGUGUUAGGGUAUGGGCAUGUAUGCCUGCAAGUGGAACUGGUUCCCUUUUAUUCAUUGAUGUUUCACAGUGCAGAUUGAUGAUUGAGAUUACCAUACUGAAGAUUAUUCUCCAAUAAUGGCACAUCCCAAAGGGUUCUUAUUCCUCUUAUGCCACAGCGAUUUGCCAAAGAUUACAAUGAAAAAAAUUUAUUAAUGAACAACACAUUGUGCUUUUUAAUCGUUUAUAGUUGCAUAUAAUGCUGCGGAAUGUCAGCGAGUUAUUUGCUGUCAUCACUUACAAAAAACAGUCUUCCCUCUCUAGCCUCUUUUUCCCCCUCUCUUGAUGUUAAGACAAAAAAUGCAGCUUAUCAUAUUUUUGAGAAACUAGAGUGUUCCUGUGGUAAACACUUUCCCAUAGAAAAUUAAUUGUUACAAACCGACACUAGAGAUUCCUUCCUUAAAUGUUAAGUAAAUGUCCCCAUACAGAAAGCUUCACCAUGUAAAUGAUUAUAUGUUUUUCUUUUGUUAAAUAACAUGUUUUUAAAAUUUAUUAUUAGCUUUAGAUCUCUGAGGUCCCUUUGUCCAUUUUUACAUACCACAAUAUGAAAUCUAAAGAAACAAAAUUCAGACCGUGCAUGCUUAUAGAAUCUGGCCAAGAAUGGUCAAUGUCACUGUUUUCAACUGCUGAUACAACUGAGGCUGUAUGUGAUUAUGUGCCUGCUUCAGAUAUGCAGGUUGCUUUGCUUGCAUCUGUGAAGGAAGAGAUAGGUUGUGAUAAAAAUGGAGCAUAUUCCUCCCACUGUUAUAAUGAUUCCUGUGUGGUUGUCCCUGUUCUUUUCAUUUUAAAGGGGGUGAGAUGAGCAGGAGGAGCUGAGGGAGGGGAGAGGGGUCACUCGGUACAGCUCACUGAGAUAGACAGAGAGAAGCUUUACUAACUGACAUCUCUGUGAGACUGGGGUAACAUAUGCAGUUGUAUGUUAUGGAGAUGUGUUGAUCAUAUUUUACUUUUAGAAAUAGUGUAAUGCAUUAAUUUAGAGUGAUAAUCCUUUAUACUAUGCAUUCUCCCCAGACACAGAUAUACACUAUAUGGCCAAAAGUAUGUGGUCACCUGACCAUCAACACCAAUAUUUGGGCCUUCCUCAAACAGUUGCUACAAAGUUGGAAGCACAAAAUUGUGUUCGAUGUCUUUGUAAGCGGUUGUAUUACAAUUUGCCUUCACUGGAACAUGAGUGAGAUCCAUGAAAACAUGGUUUAGCAAGGUUGGAGUGGAAGAACACUGGUGCCCUGCACAAAUCCCUGAACUUGACUCCACUGAACACCUUUGGAAUGAACUGGAAUGCCAACAUACCCCAGGCCAUGGUCCAAAUACUAGUGCAAAACCUUCCCAGAAGAGUAGAGGUUAUUGUAUCAGCAAUAGGGGAACUAAAUCUGCAAAGUGAUGUUCAGAAAGCACAUAAGGGUAUGAUGGUCAGGUGUCCACAAUCUUUUGGCCAUACAGUGUAUUACUAUACUAUACUUAGAUUAGUUAUAUUGUAAUGUUUCAUAGGUAUGGUAGAUACGUGACAAUGUUCUACUGUGUGAUUGCAUUAACCAACCUAGUAGGUACAAAGACUGAAAAUUAUUUUCUUAGAGAAUGUGGCUAUCCUGAUACAUAAUAGCAUCAUUUUCCUUUCUAUCUUAAAGUUAAGGGUUAGUUAAGUUAGUGCUAUGGGUGCUUUAUAAGGUACUUUCAUUAUUUUACUCUAUAAUACUAUUCCUGGAUUCCAGAUGGCAGAAAUGUGUUGAUGGGAGAAUUGUCAAUCAGAAACUCAAAUCAUGUCAAUGAGAAAUCUGUUAAAAUGAAAUAGCAAUGCUUUUGUUGACUUAACUAAUAAUUGGAUAAUUUGAUAAUUGACUUCAUUAUUAUUUUUUUUUUUAAUAAAUCAUACAAUGGUUUUAUUACCAUGAUGUGG